CGUUCACACAAAAAGAAAACAAAAACGAUAAUGCCAAACCCUAAGCGCCCCGCCGUCACCGCCGACGACCCCGACCCUAAGCGCCGCGCCCUCCACGACCCCGUCCCUGAGCGCCGCGCCGGCGAGGACCCCGACUCUGAGCGCCGCGCCGGCGACGACCCCGACCCUGAGCGCCGCCGCGGCGACGACCCCGACCCCGACCCUAAGCGCCGCCGCGGCGACGCCCCCGACGGCGCAAGCCCUAAUCGCCUCCCCGACGGCGCAAGCCCUAAUCGCCUCCCCGACGGCGGCGACCCUUCUGGCCAAAGAACAGCUAUGGCGUAUGGCGGCGGGGCAGAAGGCUGGAGCACGGAAGAUAAGGUCGAGAAAGUGUAUGCCCAGAAGGAGGUGGCCAUGGACAUCACGGAGCGUAAGGAGCAGAUUGAGACAAUCUGUCUGCAGAUGCAGGUGACGGCAUCGUUCUUGACGAAGAUCAACGCAUCUCAGACCGCACUCCUGAUGGAGAGGGAAGAUACCGCAAACCAGAUCUCAGUUCUCUGUGAUAACUUGUCCAAGAUCAGAACAUUACUUGUUGAGAUCAGAUUCGACAUGGAGCCGAAGGAGCAGAUCGAGACAAUCUGUCUGCAGAUGCAGGAGACGGCAUCGUUCUUGACGAAGAUCAACGCAUCUCAGCCCGCACUCCUGAUGGAGAGGGAAGAUAUCCCAAACCAGAUUUCAGCUCUGUGUGAUAACUUGUCCAAGUUCAGAACAGUACUUGUUGAGAUCGGAUUCGAUGCCGCGGGCAGCAAAUCAUCUAUGAAGAAGAAGGACCUUGUGGGUAUUUAUGCCGCCAACCGCAUGCGCGAGAUGCAAGAGGAAAUCUCCAAGAAAGAGAAGAUCCGGAUCCGCGACCAGCUGCAGCUCAUCCCUCUCCAAGAGCCCGAGGAGUACAUGCAUGAGUAUUACAGGCUUCAUCCUCAUCAGGAGGAGGAGACGAAGCUGACGAGAUCUCUUAAGAAGCAGAUUGCAGAGGAGGAGAGCCUCUAUGCUACCUACCGUAGAGGCAGGAAGGGUUUAUUGGCUGGCUCUACCUUCGAAGCUGAAAGCAUGAUAAGUCCUAUGCAUUUUACUUUCUGCCCGCCUGGAGUAGCCUCUGAAGAUGACGUUGCAGUUACCACCGGGACCAGCUUGGAGAUCUUCUCCAUCAAGAUUGCCCAGAUCAAAGGCGACUUAAAUUGGCCUCUUUACGUGUAUGGUGUGGUCGCUGCCAGAGACAGAGUGGAUUUCAACCGCAACAUUCUCUUCAAUCGAAUGAGGAAUAAUGCCCAGAAAGUCACAGAAGCUGAUCCUUUUUUGUGCUUGACUGGUCCAGCUCGGGCAAUUUUGCCUGAGGUCGAGUUUGAAGUCGAACUCAUGGUUAAGGGCAGAACAAAGUCUUGCGACAGAGCAUUGAUAUAUCAAGCAUACCCCUACAUUCAUUCCUGUGCUGACCUCUAUAGUAUUGGCUUACACAACUGCCUAUGUGAAAUCAAGUUAAGCCUGCAGCAGCUUGUGAAUUCAGUUCAGGCUACAAUCAUAGCUGUCCAGAUCGUUAAUGCUGGCACAUGCACAUUCAAAUAUGGGGGCCGCGUUGCUUGCUCGUUGAAAUCUAAUGAAGCUAUUGUCUGUGAUAGUAAAGGCUUUUUGAUGGAAGAUCCCCCAGGAGCGGGAGCUACAUGGACCGGGCUGCCCUUUAUUGAUCCCCCAGGCACACAAGUUGUGUUGCUUGAUUCUCGUUAUUGCGAUGAUGGAGAAAUGCCAAUGAGCACUGAUGGUUACCUUGAUCUAAUGAGGCGUGUUGUUUCCGUGGAGUUACCGGUAGAUCAUUUUUAUUAUCCAGAAAAGUUAGAAGAGACCUUAAAAGUUCAGGUAGAAGCCUAUUCAGAGUCUGGUGUUGUUUCUGCAAAAGGUCAUGUCAAGUUCACCCCCAAGCUUUGCAACAUAAGUAAAGCUGUAUGUGACAUUGGGGACUCCAAGGUGGAGAUCACCGUUGCUUGGUCGGUCCAUGUUGUAUGCAAGACCUAACCUUGAGGAGGUUGAUGCUCAAUCCAUCCUAACUGAAGCCUGAUGCUACCAGCUGCUACACUACUCUGCUACCUCCAUUAGCUGUUACACUACUACUUGCUGCUGCUAGCUUGUUGGCCCAUAAGUACUCAACCUGAACCUUGUUUUUUGUGUAUUUGUGCUGCUGCUGAACCUUGUAUUUCUGCUACUAUUUGUGCACCUGAACCUUUGUAUUUGUGCUCCUGGACCUGAACCA